CAGAAAUACGUUUACUUCAGCAGUGUUGCUAGAUAUAAACAGAAAUGGCGGAUACAGAAGUUGCAACGCCAACAAAGGCUAAAAGGACGAAAAAGGCUAGACCGAAAUCGUCAAAACCUGUCGGAGAUGAGGAAGAGAUUCCUCUUGCUGAUAUGAACACCACAUCCAAAUUUGACCAGCUUUUGCAGCAGGCUGUCGGCCAAGCCACAGAGGGAGCAAAGUCUAAAAAGAAGAAGAAGACAAAGAAAACUGACGAAUCUGUGCUGGAGUCACUAAGGAAAGGGGAAGGUCUCCAGAAAGAUGAGGAUGCAGCCAUCAAAGCUAAUACCUACGAUCCUGGAAAUAGCCCCAAGAAUGAGAAAAGUAACAAACAAAAACAGAAAUUAAAGGAAACAGAGGGGAAAGACAAUGAAGGCUUUGAAAUUCUUGAUGAAACAAAGAAAACAAAGAAGAAGAAAAAGAAAGAUGACUCUGGUUUAACCUCACCUAAAGAGAAGUCGGUGACUAUCUUAGAAUUAGAUCCCUCAGCACCUGUGAAGAAGAAGAAAAAGAAGAAGAAGCCCCCUGAUACUGAAGAUGAAAUUGCAGCUACUGAAGAGGAGCCUCCCACACCCACCAAGACAAAGAAAAAGAAAAAGAAGGCUGCAGAUGAGGAUCGUCCUAUGUCACCGGAGUCAGAGCCAGCCUCACCAAAGCCUGCUAAACGCAAGAAGAAAAAGAAGACAGAUGAACAGGAUGAAGAAGAACGGCCCCUUUCUCCACCUGAAUCUGAACCUACCUCACCCAAAGCUGGCAAGAAGAAGAAGAAGAAAAAAGGACAGGAAACAGAAGAAGAAGAAGGAGCUAUGUCACCAGCUGAGACAGGCUCACCAAAGCCAGAAAAGAAAAAGAAGAAAAAAGCGAAGAAGGAAACUGAAGAGGAAGAGGCUAUGAUAUCACCACCUAUGAGUGAUGAGGAGCAAGCCACACCUAGUAAAGGCAAGAAGAAAAAGAAAAAGAAGAAGAAGGAAGAAGAUGAAGUUCAGGAUGCUGAGGCUGAGGAUGCAGAUGCAGAUGACGAGGAAACAGAGGCGAAGGAAGCGAAAAAAGUAAAGAAGAAGGCACCAGUUGUGAUAGAAGAGACAGAGGAACACCGUUUAGAGAGGGAGGCGAUAGAGGAUGAAGGCCAGAUACUUGCCGUCACGGUCCACCGCACAGACAAACUUAAGAACGACUUCCAUAUCUUGCAUCCAAUGGUGCGUGUUCACAUUGUCAAUGAGGAGACGGGGCUGAAUCUCACCAAACAAAAGAAGGACCGAGCUGUGUCGACCUAUUUUGAAACUCAAAAUGAUAAUGUCACCCAAAUUGUGCCAAUAAUGACCCAGCCUUUUGACUUCAAAGAGAGAAAAUCUGUGCUUCCAGUUUGGGAAGAGUUGCUGGUCUUCAAUGAAAACUUCAAUUACUUUACUCAGGACUACCCCAAAGUUAUUGUAUUUUUUGAGCUGUUGGACUUUGUAAGCAUGAGCACAGCAAGUCGACAAUAUGAAGAUAGUAAGAGUGAGGGUGGCUGGCACAGAAUCGCCUGGGGAUUUCUCAAGGUGAAGGGGAUGAACGACAAAUUGAAUGUUGGCUCCAAGGUACGCCUCCAGUUGUUUGAACCAGUUUACAAAUUCCGCCCAAAGCCAGACCAAGUGGAGCUGUGGCAGUGGUGGAAGACUCAGGGCCGACGUCCCUACCCAUCCACACUCUACGUGACCAUGAAGGGCAUCACACCACCUGAUACUGUGGAGCCAGCCAUGCGAUCCAUGUUCGCCACACAGAGGGAAGUGGGAAGCAGGACCUAUGCAGAUCUAAAGAAGAGUAUUAAUUGGUCAGAUGCCAGGAAAAAGAGAGACACAGAUAGGAAGACGCUUUCCUCGUGGUCGAGGUUGGUCGGUCAGAUGUGUCGUAUCCCUAACCAGAUGAAGCUGACACUACCUGCUGGCAGGAAGGGGUGUUACGUGGUGAAGUUCUCACACGAUGGAAGAAAUUUAGCAUGUGCUUGUCACGACCGAGAAAACUAUCCAAUUCUAGUCUAUGAGAUCCCAUCAGGUCAGCUGCUGGGCAAGUUCAGAGGUCAUUUUGGAAUUGUGUAUGACCUUUCAUGGUCUAAGAAGGAUGAUUACAUAUGUUCUGCCUCAUCUGAUGGCACAGUCAGAGUGUGGAGUUUGGAGAACUUUAAUACCUCAGAAAAGCUAUUGCCCCAUCCUGGCUUUGUGUACACAGCACAGUUCCACCCACGUGUGGAUAACAUCAUUGCCACCGGUGGAUACGACCAGGUGGUGCGGAUCUGGGAUGUGGAUGUCGACAGUGUUCAUGGACAGUUAAAACAAGAGAUUGAGAACCACAGGGGCCAUGUUAACUCUCUGUGUUUUGAUGAUGAUGGUCAGAAGAUGUACACAGCCGACAGUGUUGGCAUUGUCCUUAUCUGGAACGUGUACGUGACGGAGAAAGUCAGCCAGAAAGGACACUCUGGUUUUCUUAGAGAUUGGAUAAAGUAUCAAGAACUGACUGAUCCUGAAAUGAAGGACGUUCCCAUCAACUAUAUCCAGCUCCAUCAUAGUGGGCGUCGCCUUCUGGUUCAUUGUCGGGACAACAUCAUCAGGAUGGUAGACCUGCGCAUACAACGAGUGAUGCAAAAGUACAUUGGAGCAUUGAACUUCCGGGAACAGAUCCGGAGUUCCAUCACCCCAUGUGGGUCCUUUGUGUUCUCUGGGAGUGAAGAUAACUACGCAUAUGCUUGGAACACGGACACUGGGGACCAGGUGGCUAUGUACUCGGAGCUGAACUACCGACAUCCUGUGACAGAUAUUGACUACCAUCCUCGUGACCACAUGUACGCAGCAUGUUCUUUGGGAGACAACCAGCCCAUUGUUGUGUAUGACUAUGAUCCAUAUGUUGCCCAGAUGGAUGCAGGUCUGACCCCCAGACAGAUCAAACCAGAUCCAAAAGAGGAGUUUGACACCAUGCCAAUUACUACCCUGGGGACCAGCACGAUGAAGCCAGGGGAUACACUGACUUCUACUGUCCUGAAUAAAGACCAGUUUGAGGCUCACAGCACAGCCAGACUACAGAAAGUGAUGAAGAAGCUCAACUCUGCCACGUCCCAGAUGUUGUCUGGACCACUGGAUCUUCCUGGAGUACCAGUUUCCUCCCCACGCCUAGCCCACACAGGGUUCCUGUCUCUCGACCAGUCAAUGACCCCUAGGACUAUGACAACUGGCCCCCAGGCUUUCAGUCCACAUGCACCGAGGACAAUGACAAGCAUUAUGCAGCAACAACAGUUUAGCUCACAGAAAAUGUACAUGAAGUCGUCUGACUCUGACUGGCGACCAGGCUUCCAUGAAGUUGGACGUUCAGGAGCCAGAAGUUCUAGUCCGACGUUCAUAGGAAGACCGCCUCAGAUAGCUCUUACAGCCCAGGGAAAUAAGGCCCAGUUCAGCUUCCAGGCCCCAGCAGGCAAGGCAGUACCAGGCUAUGGUGUUGUGAAGGCAUUGUACGACUACCGUGCCCAGAGGUCAGAUGAGCUGACAAUAUUCAAGAAUGAUGUGAUCACUGUCCUAUACAAAGACAAUGAAAGCUGGUGGAUGGGAGAGUUGCCCGACGGUCAGCAAGGAUUCUUCCCGGCCAACUAUGUCCUGGCGGAAGACGGAAAUGACCAACUGUUUGACACACUUCCUUCUCCAGAUCGGAGCAAGGGCAAGAAGAAGGUGACGGCUGUUACAACGAAAUCUGGGGAAUUGAAGUUCCUCUCCGGAACUGAGGAGUCUGAUGAGGACAUCCUGGAAGGACGAAAGAAAGGGAAAAAUGGUAAGAAGAAAAAGAGAGGUUCCCAAGACAAUGUCAUGAGUGAUACUGCGUCAGUGGAUAGCAAAGCCAGCAAAGGCAGCAGAGGAAGUCGGAACGGCACCAACAAACCCCCCAUCAUUCCAAAUGAAUCAACAGCAUAAGCUGUGCCGUCUUGUGAUCCUCCAACUCAAAGUGCUGUGAUAUAUUUUUUUAUGCAUUUUAUACUACCGGUACAUAUGUACAGAAUGACUAUAGGAUUGUACAUUGAUACAGUCCAAAGCCAAAAUUUGUGUUAUAUCUGGUUUAAUUGUUUCCUUGAGAAAAGCAAAUUUUUAAACAUAAUUUUGGUUGGUGAAUUGAUUAAUUUCAAUUCAAGUAGAGAAAGUAAAUGUAGAAGGUUUGGAGCAGAAUUUCCAUUUCUAGCUUGCAUAAUCAUGAUUGCCUGAUUCAAAGAUUCACAAAGAUUCGCGGUAGUGUUACUGACAGAGACCAGAUGUAAAUGAAGUGUUCUAGUUUAUGCUAGAUUGACUGAUUUCUUGUUUCUGGUUAUUUUGCUAGAAAAAAAAUGUUUGCUUCAAAGUUUAAAAAAUGUUGGAAGUUUUAUAUCGGCAGUAAAAGAAAUGAUGCUUCCAUUAUCACUAUUUACAGUAGAAUGGUGCUCACCAGAACAGACCAAUAGGAAAAACAUAUCUAUAUUUGUACUGAUGUUUUAUCAAAAGAUUCAUAAAUACGUCCAUUAUUCAUCAUAUUUUUUUUCAUCAAAUACAUAUAUAUGCAUCCGUCCAGCAAAUAAACAGUUAGUGACUAAUUUGCGGAGGUGCCAACCAUUUUGUUGGUGCGGAGUGAAUCCAGUUUUAUAAUUAAAGAUCCACUCCCAGAUUUCUAUUUGUUUUACUCUGAUUUUAUAUCAUUUAAUCAAGGUAAUCACAAAAGUAGUAAACGACUAUGUUUAACUGGUAAAACCAUUUUUGGAAAAGAUAGAAGUGAAGCAGUUUUUUGGACUUUCUUCAUAGAUCUUAGUGCCCAAAAAGUCUUAUAAGGAUCCCCGUUCCACUGCCCAAAACUAUAUUUAAGUGUUGGAAACUAUAUUUCCGGCAUGCCUAUAUAAAGCUUUGAUAAAUCAUUUCUGAAAAAAAAAAGUACCUUGCGUGACUUUUAUGAGAAAUUAUAGAUAUGAAAUAACAAUAUAUAAAUCAAUAAUAGUGUUCUGAGUGUAAACAUUCAACAGGGCCAGAACGGGUUUCUAACCCCGGACUUGAGAUUGUUAUACAUGUACUGUCUCUCUUAUCGAUUGAGCUAACUGGUCAACGGAAGUGGCUUGGCCAAACUGUGCUACAUUUAUAUCCAAACGGACGUUAAGGGGAGGUUACUG